CCAUCUAACGACUGGCGAGAGAAACACGAACAUCAUGUCGGUAUGAGAAAUUCGACACAAUUCGAAAAUGUUUUAAGAGUGAUUAAUUAUUCACAUUCGUUGAAUUAUUAAGAUACGUUCUGACUAAUCGCACAAAUAUAUAACAUACACAAUAAUUAUACUCAUAUUUGGUAUUUUUAUUCUCAGGAAUAAAUAUUUUGUUGAAACUGUUGAGUUCGAAAAUUCUCAUACUCGUUGGCACGGCAACCACUACCCUCCUUGGAUAUGGAGGAUGUGAAAACAUUGAAACCUCCGCAGCCAAAACGCAAGAUAAAGAAUCAAGCGGAAUGGAAAAGGGAAAAGCGGAAACGUUCUAUUAUUGCUGGGGAGUCUCACUACAGCGUGAAAGGGGAAUUUGUGUCUCGGAAGGAAAUAGGUUCCGAUUGUAAAUGUAAGUUGAAAUGCUAUGAAAAGGUUGAUUGUAGAUUGAGGCAAAUGUUGUUUGAAGGAUAUUAUUCCUUAAAAAGUUACGAUGAACAGAAUGCUUAUUUAUUUGGUCUGAUUCGAAAGCAUGAUGUUAAAAGGAAGAAAAAUGUUAACUCUGACCGAAGGACUUGCACGUACAAAUAUUAUGUUAGAAAUCAAGGAAAAGAAAUACAAGUUUGUAAGAUGGCAUUUGCUCAUAUCCAUGCGAUUUCAUUUAGAAAAAUAAGGACACUAAGUGAGAAAUUGGAUCAAAACAUUCUCUACCCAAGAGAUGGCCGAGGAAAACAUGAUAAUCGUCCAACAAGGACGUCUCCAAAGGCAUUAGAAAUAAUAAGAAAGCACAUUUUAUAUAUUUUUAAGUCAGGAGAUUUUAAGAAGUUUAUUAAAGAAGACAAAACUCACAUUCUUGCUACAGAAGUGAAUGUUGCAAAACUUUAUUUACAUUUUCUACAGAUGUAUGAGCAAGGAGCUGUUGAUAAUUUGACAGGACAAUUGAAUCCAGGCUAUACACCUAAAGUGAAAAGUUGGUUGUAUCGCAAAGUCUUUCAUGAAGAAGUCAAGAACAAUAGUUUAUUUUUGAAAGGAAGAGCAAUUUCAUCUAUUGAAAUGGAAAUAAGAGGCAAGAAGUUGGCUUAUACGAAAUCAAACUGUUUGAAAAAUCAACCUCAAAAGGGUAGAAAGUUUUGUCGAAAAGUCACUAUCCCUGAAGUGACAUAUUCAUCAACUUGCCAGUCAAAUCCAACUUCAAACGUUUCUACUGAUCAUAUUGAUUCAAUAAAAAUAAAUAGUGCAGAAUUAAGUAAUAUGCAUUUUACGACUCUAAAGUCUUCAAGUGAUAUGUUUUGUAAUGAUACUGUUAAAACUUCUCUCAGAAUUUCUCCUAGUGUUAAUAACCCAUUAGUUUAUGAUAAGUUAGAAGAUUCCUUGAAACAGAAAUGUAAUAAAAUGUGUCAUAUAAGUUCAGUGAAUCAUGUAGAGGAAUGUAAUAAUUGUCCUACUUGGGAAACUGUUUACGACAAGAAGGGGACAGCAUUGGAUGCCGUAGAAAAAGGGUGUACGGCUUGUGAAGAAGAACAAUGUGAUGGAACAGUGGGAUAUGGUGGUAGCCCAGAUGAAAAUGGUGAAACUACUUUGGAUGCAAUGAUAAUGGAUGGAACAACAAUGAAUAUGGGAGCUGUUGCUGCACUUAGAAGAAUUAAAAAAGCCAUUUCUGUUGCAAGGCAUGUGUUACAUUACACUGACCAUUCAAUGUUGGCUGGCAGUCAGGCUACAGAAUUUGCUGUUCGCAUGGGCUUUAAAGAAGAAUCAUUGCAAACUGAGAUAUCUCGAGACAUGUGGCGCAAAUGGAAAGGCCAAAACUGUCAACCUAAUUUUUGGAUGAAUGUUUCACCAGAUCCUCGAAGUAAUUGUGGUCCGUACACUCCAAAUCCAACAACUUCUGUAACAAGUAAGGCAACCAACAAUGUGUUUGAUGAUAAAAAUCAUGAUACUAUAGGCAUGGUUGUAAUUGACAGAGAUGGCCAUAUAGCAGCAGGCACUUCUACAAAUGGAGCCAAACACAAAAUUCCUGGUUUUGUUGCAGUUGAAGAAAUGAGACGUGGAUCAACACCACAAAAAGCUGCAGAAGCUGCUAUACAUCGAAUUAUCCCACAUUACCCCAACUUUUCAGGUGCUGUAGUGACUAUACAUAAAGAUGGCGAAUAUGCUGCAGCUUGCCAUGGAAUGGACGAAUUCAAAUAUUCUGUUUGUAACCCAACUUUAGGAGAAGUCACUGUGCAUUCUGUCCCGUGUUUGAAAACUAAAUAAAACUUCAUUAGUUUGCUUUUAAUAUAAAUUGAGGAGGAAUCUGAAUUUUGAAUACAUUGAAUACUCUGUCUAAUGGAUUGUUGAAAAAAUGGCAAUUUAAAACAGCAUUUCCUGAAAAACAGACAGCUAUUGAAGAGAAUAUUGCUAAGUACAAUUUUAAAAACUUGGAUGUAAAAGGCAAGGAAAAAGGUUGGAUCACUUGCACAAAAUGCUAUAUUAACUAUCCAACAAUCUUGAGCAAUAAUGAAAUUUAAAAAUACUUCUUUGUGCAUUGGAUUCAUGCAUAAUAAGUCACUUGUAGGAACAAUUUGUAAAUUUUUAAUUCUGAAUAUAGUUGGAGUGGCUCCUUGCUCCUCAAAAGUUGAUAAUUAAUGAUUUGAGCUAGGUUUGCUUCUGUAUGUUGUCUUUGCUUCAUUUCUUUGUGGAAUAAUCAGGCUAAUAUUUGCAGAUUAUGUCUAUGAAAGCCUGAAUAGAUAAAUCGCCAUAAAAUUACACUUCAGUAAAUAUUGUAACAGAAAAAAGACCAAGUUAAUUUAGUUUAGAACCUAAAUUUUGAUACCAAAAUUAGGACAGAAAAUUUUUGAAGCAUCCAAAUUUCCAAACUACAAAUUUUGUAAAUGUAAUUCUUACAGAAUGAAUGUUGACAAAGGUAAAAGAAAGUUUAUUUUAUGAUACUUGUGUGCUGAAUGAUUUAUCAUUUUUCUGACUGAAAAGUUCCUGAUCUAAUCUCAAUCCUUUAUCCUUUGCAACCAACUCCAUCAAAAUCCACAAUAUUGCAAUUCUGAACAGGUCUUGCAUUUAGAAAAACGUUACAACAUAAUUGGUGUACUUCUGUUGCAACACAAAGUUUUAGACUGGAUUCAUGUAAUAAUGUUUAUUGUAAUAACAUGCGGAAAGAAACUUUUACAACUGGCUAUUUCAUAACUUUAAUAUUUUAUAGAUACGCUUAGUGGAAGAGAACAUGCAAUUCAAGAAAAGAACUGUACCUCCUGGGAGUCAUACUCUCCCCAACGAAUGUCCAUAAUCAUAAACACCUAGUAUCUUAAUAACUUGACUUUACGCAACAUGACUUCCAAGGAUUUAAAAAAUUGUCUCUAGUUAGCUAUGCCACCUCUUCCAAAAAUUCACACAAAGCAAUAUCUUCUUCCAUUCAUUAAAACUUUUUCACUUGGCAAAACACAUCUCCACAAAUUCUUUCAAGGUAAAUUGUCACUAAAACAGGCACAAGUCUUGCUCCAUUAUGAAGUAACGUUUUAUGAUACAAAGCCCCUAGGUUCACCUAGAGGAACUUAACAAUCCACUAUAUUUAGAAUGAACUUUUGAAGAUCCUUCCCAAUAUAAGAAAUUGUUUUGCUUUAAAGUAAUAUAUUAACACUUGAAUUUAGUAAAAUGCUGCCAUAUUUAAAUUCAUAUAACCACACGAAUUCUGAGUAAAACUGACUGACCCUGCAGGUAUAGUAACAACGCUAGAACACUGAAUACCUUGUGUAGGUCCUGAGACAUUUACUAUCGGACUUAGAACAUUGUUUUGAGUGGAAAAAGUAUGUAAAUUGAAUUGCAGAGCAUGUUGUGAUUGAUUAGCAGAAUCAGGUCCAGGUGGUAUUUGAGCAAUGUCUUGGAGACUUACAGGUAAAAUAUACAUGUCAGCACUUUGCCCAAUGUUAAUAUUUUGUAAAUCUGCAGCUGGAGUUUCAACAAGUGGUGGAACUGAAUCGAUGGGUAGAUCUGGUUCAACAACUUUCAUGCUAAUACAAGUGUCUUUUUCUCUGCUGAUCUUCUUGGGUGUUCUCUGCUUUCUUUCAGAUUUACUUCCCUGACUAUUUGAGGGUGCUUUUGAGAGUUCUUUCAUAUGCGAUUUCUUCUUGAAAGACGUCAAAUCAUUAAUUUUAAAUUCUUCAUGAAACACUUUACUAUACAACCAAUGUUUAACAAUGGGAACAUAUUUUUUCCUUUUAUUUAGUGUUUCAGAUGAAGUUUCAUUCUCAGUGCAAAAUUCAGAUUCUGCAGGUUGAUCUAGAAGCCCCAAAGAAUCAGCAACUGAAGCAAUUGGAUACUCAGACAAAUCCAUUGUGGUAGAAUAUGUAUGAUUAUGGUGCUCAUCAGUUAAUUCAGCAUCUGUGAAAUCUGCCAUAAGUUGACACUCUGUUUCUAUAUUCAUUCCAUUAGCAUCUUUAGAAAUAUCAAUUUCAUCUUUCUCAGAAAACAUGUCCUUGUAGUUGGGGUCAUGUUUUGCUAAGUAAUCUUUCCACAUUUUCGUAAUGUUCAAAUCAGGCCCACUGUGUUUUUCUUCACGCAAGAAGCCACAAACUUGAUCAGAACUUAUGAUAGAAUAUAUAUGAUCCUUAAUUUGACUCAAGGUGUCUUCAGGUAUUUUACGGGGCCUGUUACUGUGUUUACCUCUGCCAUCCCGGGGGAACAUUACAUUUUGAUCUUGUUUCUGACACAAAAUUCUUAUCUUAUGAGGAGAUAUACCAUGAAUAUGAGCAAAAGCUAAUCUGCAUAUCUGAACUUCUUUACCACGUAUUCGUACAUAAUAUUUGUAACUACAUGUUCGCCUGUCACUUUCCUUGCACCUUUUACGAGCAAUGUCAUGCUUCCUUAUAAGGCCGAAUAGAUAUGCAUUUUGUUCGUCAUGACUAUUCAACGAAUAGUAUCCAUCAAAUAACUUAUUUCUCUGGUCUUCUGGCACAAGACUGUAACACUUCCUGCGGCAUUUGCAAUCUUCCCCAAUUUUCCGUUCGUUAACGACGUCACCUCUGCUAUUUACGUACUCUUUGCCAGCAAUUCGAAGCCGCUUCCUUUUCUCACGUUUCCACUCCGACGGAUUCCUCGCUCUUUUCUUGGAUUGCUUCUUUUGAUUUCCACUUUCCUUUUCAUCCAUUACCCUCAAUUUAAGUCGGUAAUUAUUUCCUUAUAUUAUAAACCACAUGCAAUACUCUACAUCAUAUACAUCAAUUUGUAACGUCAGUAUUUGUCACUUGCCGUUUAUCGCGUGCGCAAUUCUUGCAUCGAAUUUCUUUUGAGUUGUGUGCCAAUGUUACAGAUCAACAGAACAGAGCUCUUGUUACAAACCGCUACCCAACAAUUUUCGUAAUUAAAUAUAUUAUAUCAAAGCUUGAAGCUGUAAAGUUCAAGCCUAUAAUUGCGUGAAAAGGCAUUUAAAUACUCUAUAGAUUUAGGAAUUUUUUUCCAUGAGAGUAUUGCGUAAUAUAUAAGGCCUUCGUUCAACAUUUGUCAUAUUGGCUAACCGUAACUGAUCUCACGCAGUGUAUCAUGGAGUACGUACAGUGAACGAAAAAUCAAAAUAAUUUUCUGUACAAAGAAUUUGCACUUCCAUGUGAUUCAUUCCAACCAUCUGACAGCGUUGUCCUCUCCUCAGGUGUCGUCACUGAGAAGGGGCGGUGAAAUUGCGAGCUAUAAGCACUAUCACAGGAAAAAUUAGCCUUGAAAAAAUGUUUUGAACUUCAAACAACACAGUGUUCUCUAUGAUGAAGGCCUUUAUCUCCAAAUCAAAUGGAAAAUGUGUUGUAAACUAAUACUUGUAAAAGACUAACAAUUUUCUGAGUAAAUGCUGUUUUUGUAUUGCUAAUAAAAAAACUGCCUGCACCAUAGACAUACUUCCUGAGUCUCCUGUUUAAAAUAAUCAGAUUGGUUCUGUUAUCAGUUGGAGAAGCUUCAGGUCCAUUUGUGAGCAUAUCUAACUGUAAACUAAAUUUACCCUGAGACAUCAAUGAUGCCAUGUCUUCCCACAAAUAUUAAAUAAUUAACCUGUAUAAUCUCAUAGACUAGUAUGUAGAUGGAGGGUUAAAAUAAGAUUAUAUGCACUAAAUUGUGUAAUAAAAGUAACACACAUGCAUAUGUUUGUGUCUACAUGCCUGUUUAUUUUUUAUUUCCCAAAUCGACUAAACACCUACUUAAAAACAUUAGUGAUGUAAGAAUGCAAUAAAUAUUAAUAUUAAAUUGAUAUUUUUUAUUUUAUUGUACAGUGCAAAAUGCCUUUAGAAUGGCUCUUUGGAAAGCGCAUGACUCCAGAGGAGAUGUUGAGAAAAAACCAACGUGCCUUAAACAAGGCUAUGAGAGAUCUGGAUCGUGAAAGAAUGCGAAUGGAACAACAAGAAAAGAAAAUUAUUGCAGAUAUAAAGAAACUUGCCAAAGAGGGACAAAUGGAUGCUGUUAAAAUUAUGGCAAAAGAUUUGGUCAGAACACGUCGUUAUGUCAAAAAGUUCAUGCUAAUGAAAGCAAAUAUUCAAGCUGUGUCUUUGAAGAUUCAAACAUUGCGAUCACAAAAUGCAAUGGCUGAAGCAAUGAAGGGUGUCACAAGAGCAAUGCAAAACAUGAAUAGGCAAUUAAAUCUUCCUCAAAUUCAGCGUAUCCUUCAAGAAUUUGAGAAACAAUCUGAAAUAAUGGAUAUGAAAGAAGAAAUGAUGAAUGAUGCUAUUGAUGAUGCAAUGGAGGAUGAAGGAGAUGAAGAAGAAAGUGAUGCUGUAGUGUCUCAAGUUUUGGAUGAGCUUGGUCUUCAACUUACUGAUCAACUGUCUGGCCUGCCCCAGGCAUCAGGUUCUCUAGCAGCAUCUACAGCUAAAACGCCAGCAGCUGCGGCGGCUGCGGGUGGGGCUGGUAGUCCUGCUAUAGAUGCAGAUGCAGAUCUUCAGGCUCGGUUGGACAACUUAAGAAGGAAGUAAACAUGUCCUGAAAAGACUUAUCUGGUAUUAUUGGCCUUUGUACAGUACUGUUCUGUGAAAAUGGUUGUUGAGGUUUGUAUUCUUUAUCCGUCUGAGCUUAGCAAGUGUGAUAUGAUGUGCUGUCAAAGUUUACACCUGUUAAUUGGUCAUUGGUCAAGAAAAGUAAUUUAAUUUGAUGAUUUUGACUAUUAUUUGAUUGUAAAGACUUCGUUUCCAGUAUUGAUUGGAUUACUCACUGAAGAAACUGGUUGAAAGUUCUCCAGUGAUUUAUAAAGCUUGUAUGAAAAUUACUGAAAUGUAUUUUAUGUACUCCUAAAUAGUUUUGGAACAUGCCUCUGUAUAUACAUUGAUAUACAAUAUAUAUAGCUGAUUUUGUUUAUAUUUUAUAACCUGUUAUAUUAGAUUUAUUUUGAUAAUAUUUUAGUGAAUUUGUAUUGAUUGUAUAUUGUAAAUUUACACAUAGCCUUUAAUUCCUUCUAUUCCCCAACUGUUACCCAACCAUAACAAAAUUAAAAUAUUUACAAUACAUUUAUCUUUAUUCUAUAUAGUGGUGACAUUGAACAAUAUUCUCAUAUUGAAUAUUUUGUUAACUUCUGAACUGUUCUGUUAAAAGUUUUCUUUGAUUUUAAAAUAUAUAGUUGGCCUUGAAUGUACUGCAAAAGUGAAAAUGCAGAUUUCUAAUGGACAGUCAUUUAUUUUUAAUUCCAUAACAAUUGUUUUCUCUAUCUUUGGAAAAAGAUAUUAAAGGUUAAAUUGUUAUCUUUGAUACUUCUUUUUAGUUACUACACAAAGAGGAAUUUACAAAGGUAUCAUAAAAGUAGAAUUUCUGAAUACCAAUUGUUUUUAUUUUGCACCUACAAUUGCAAAGUGUAUUAUAACUUUUCAAUUCUUAAUAAAAUAUACUUAACGUAUAAGUGCUUCAUAUCUUAAUAGUAAUUAAAUAAUUAAGAAAGAUUUUGGGAGAGACGUGACU